AUGGCAGACAUAUUGCCUAUGAUGAUGCUCUAUGUGUUUUAUGCAAACAUGGAGAGUUAUAAGUCUACUGACCUGAAUACUCCUGAUACUCAGGUCCUACACUACUUUGGAGAAGCUGAUCCUAAGCCUUCAGCACCAUGUCUUACCAAGAACAGCAGUGCAAGCAGCCCUGCCAGCCUCCUCCUGUGUGCCCAACACCCAAGUGCCCUGAGCCUUGUCCUCCUCCUGUGUGCCCACCUACACAGUGCGCUGAGCCUUGUCCUCCUCCUGCAUCCCCACCUACACAGUGCGCUGAGCCUUGUCCUCCUCCUGUGUGCCCACCUACACAGUGCCCUGAGCCUUGUCCUCCUCCUGUGUGCCCACCUACACAGUGCCCUGAGCCUUGUCCUCCUCCUGUGUGCCCACCUACACAGUGCCCUGAGCCUUGUCCUCCUCCUGUGUGCCCACCUACACCGUGCCCUGAGCCUUGUCCUCCUCCUGUGUGCCCACCUACACAGUGCCCUGAGCCUUGUCCUCCUCCUGUGUUCCCACCUACACCGUGCCCUGAGCCUUGUCCUCCUCCUGUGUGCCCACCUACACAGUGCGCUGAGCCUUGUCCUCCUCCUGUGUGCCCACCUACACAGUGCCCUGAGCCUUGUCCUCCUCCUGUGUGCCCACCUACACCGUGCCCUGAGCCUUGUCCUCCUCCUGUGUGCCCACCUACACCGUGCCCUGAGCCUUGUCCUCCUCCUGUGUGCCCACCUACACAGUGCCCUGAGUCUUGUCCUCCUCCUGUGUGCCCAUCUACACAGUGCCCUGAGCCUUGUCCUCCUCCUGUGUGCCCAUCUACACAGUGCCCUGAGCCUUGUCCUCCUCCUGUGUGCCCACCUACACAGUGCCCUGAGCCUUGUCCUCCUCCUGUGUGCCCACCUACACCGUGCCCUGAGCCUUGUCCUCCUCCUGUGUGCCCAUCUACACAGUGCCCUGAGCCUUGUCCUCCUCCUGUGUGCCCACCUACACAGUGCCCUGAGUCUUGUCCUCCUCCCACAUGCCCUGAGCCUUGUCUUCCCCCAAAGUGCCCUGAGCCUUGUCUUCCUCCAAAGUGUCCUGAGCAGUGUCCUGAGCCAUGCCUCCCUUCUUCAUGCCAGCAGAAAUGCCCUCCUGUGCAAACUCCUCCACCAUGUCAGCAGAAGUGCCAACCCGAGAACAAGUGAGCACAUCAGCAGUCGUCAGGACAAGGGGAAGAGAAAAGCAUCCAUCUAUUGUCUUUCCACAGCAAUACCUCCAUCUUCCAUUCAAAGGACAUCUUGAAAACAAAAGAAUCUUCUCUACCCUUCACCCUCCAUGUGCCUAUUUGUCUCAUAAUAGGGAAGGUGCUUCUCUGAAACUUUAUUCCUGCAUUUUUUUUCAACUGAAUGCUCAGAAAGACUCUCCUUCAAUAGUUUCAUGUCCCAGAUACUCAGAGGAAAGAGUAGUACAUGUCCCCUCAGUGCAUUCACAGUAUCGUUUCCAAAUCUGCAUACCAUUGUUGUUCCAUUUGCUGAAUAAAUUAUAAUCUUUUUGAUGGU